CAUCUUUCCUUCUUCUCCUCUCCUCUCUCAGCGCCGGUCAAAUACUUGUCUCUCUCUCUUUCUCUUUCUCUCACUCUUUGUCUUGUCUCCCUCUCUGGAAGCUGUGUGUGUGUUCUGUAAGAGAUGGACACAGGUGGUGCCGCGUAUAACCCACGCACUGUUGAGGAGGUGUUUAGGGAUUUUAAGGGUCGUAGAGCUGGCAUGAUUAAGGCUUUAACCACUGAUGUUCAGGAGUUUUACCGACUUUGUGAUCCUAACAACAGCAGCAACAGAUCCAAAUCAAACUCCAAGCGUGGAUCUGACUCCCGCGCCAAGUUCUCGAAGGCUGUGCCCAAAGAUGACGAGGAAGAAGAGGAAGGUGUGGAAGAAGAGGAUGAGGAUGAGCAAGGGGAAACACAGUGUGGGGCAUGUGGUGAGAGCUAUGCAGCUGAUGAGUUCUGGAUCUGCUGCGACCUCUGUGAGAUGUGGUUUCAUGGAAAGUGUGUGAAGAUAACCCCAGCCAGGGCUGAGCACAUCAAGCAAUACAAGUGCCCAUCUUGCAGCAACAAGAGGGCUCGUGCCUAAAAUUCAUUUUUUGUGGCCGCUUCUGUGUAUCUCUGCUUUGCAUAUGAUGAUGAACAGCUUAACUGUUUGGUUAGAUCAGAUAUUGUCAUGUGAUUUGGUAAUCUUAGGCUCUUUCGCCGGCUUAGGAAAGACAUCUUUAGUUUUCUUUGUUACAUUUGGCGAUUGAGGAAUAACUCUUUUGUUUAGGGGUUUGAUC